AUUUCUGGAGAGGAGAGGGAUUGUUUGAGAAUAACCUUUGCAUUUUAGCAUAUCAUAUAAUUUUAGCAAUGGACAAGAAACAAAGUGUUCCUGUACUUUACAUUCAUGGAUCAAAGUUUAUAUUAAAAAGCCACUUGAAAAAGAACUGUUCAGAAACAAUUGAUGUAUUUCACUAACACAGUUUUCAAUGAGCAACAUGAUACAAGCUCUGUGGAAAAAAGCAGUCAUAUUUUUAGUUAUAACAAUUGCUAUUCUACAAGUAAUACAUAUGACUUUGCUAAGUAGACUAGAAGCUCGUAAGAAUCAGCAUCGCCAAAGAGAAGCUACUUCCAGAGGAUGGGAAUCAAAUGCUCGUAUAUAUCAUGAAACUGAAAUCCAGAAAGACAGGGCCAAUAUGAUGCGAUCAAUUCACCAAAGCAGUGUUCUGGACUCUUCGGGGGAAUUCCACAUAAUAAAUUAUCUCAUUACUGGGGAACUCAUGAAAAAUCGUAAUCAUCCAAAACAUGGCCUCACUCUUGCUACUCAAACAACCAUCAAUGGUCUUCAUAACUUAGAUUUGCUUUCAUCAGCAUGGCAAGGACCUAUCUCAGUUGCAGUUUUCAGCUUAACUGAAGAUGUACCACUGGCAGUUGAAACUAUUUUACACCUUAGACGGUGCUAUCAGAAUAUCAGGUAUAAUACAAGCUUCCAUUUGGUUUAUCCUUUAAAUGGACCUACCAAUAAUGCUCUGCCUUCUUCCUAUCCAAAUGUUAAUUCCUGUGACUUUUUAUCUAACAAUUUGCAAAAAAUUAGCUUAGGCAAGAAUUAUGCUUUGGGUGUAGCUUAUCCAAAUAAUUUAUUAAGAAAUGUAGCAAGAAGAAGUGCGCUUACAGAAUUUGUUUUCAUGAUAGAUAUCGAUAUGGUGCCAAGUGAGAAUCUGCAUAAUGACUUUUUGCAAUUUGCUAAAGAGAAAAAGCUUUUCUCAGAUUCCAGUAAAGAUGACAAGACUGUUUAUGUUGUGCCAGCAUUUGAAGUCAAAGAAGAUGGUGCCAUACCUCGAACCAAAUCUGCAUUACUUCAACAAGUUGAAGCAAUGGAAGCUAGACCCUUUUAUUUUGAACUUUGUUGGAAAUGUCAGAAACAUACAGAUUAUGAAGCUUGGCAGAAGGAACCGCCUUCGAAGAAACUAGAUGUUCUAUUUGAAGUCUUGUGGAGAGAUCCUUGGGAGCCAUUUUACAUAGGACGGAAUAAUGUUCCUCUCUAUGAUGAAAGAUUUCGCCAAUAUGGUUUCAAUAGAAUUAGUCAAGUCUGUGAAUUACAUGUUGCAGGGUACAAAUUUUCAGUCUUAAACAAUGCUUUCAUUGUGCAUCGUGGUCUAAAAACUCCAAAUUCCUUUCAUAAGGACAAAGAAGUUGACCAAGAUCGAAACAGAAUUUUGUUUCGCCAAUUUAAAGUAGAAUUGAAGGAGAAGUAUCCAGAUUCUUCUCGGAAAUGUUAUUGAACUUAGUUCCUUCUAAGAAUACUCUAAUGCAUCUCAUGUCAGAAUAUAUAGUAAAUAGAUCUGAUAUCAUUUGUUUCUUUCAUCUUUUUUAUUUAAAUUAUGGGUAACAAUAAAAAUGUAAAUGUUAACAUUUAUAUACCUGCUUAAAAGUAUAAUCUCUGAUAUACUGUAUUUUAUAAUAAUUUGCUUGAACACAAAUUUAUAUUGCAGCUUUUAUGAAAGCUUGUUCUGAUACUUUUCUUUAGAUAAAUAUAAUUAAACCAUUGGUAUUUUUAAAACUUAU